AUGGGAAAACGAAAAUGGAAAGCAAAGAAGUUAGAAAAGAAGCAGCAAAAAGCCCAAAUGCCAAACAAUUUAAAGCCCUUGACAAAUUCUAGCUCACGGCCAAAGGUACCUGCAACACCCAACAAGAUUGAAGCUGUGGAUGUUGUCAUUGAUGAGGGGAUGGACUCAGAAGAAGAGAUGGCCGCAGUAAAGAAAAUGGCUGUACAGAAGAACAAGAAAAAAUCAGGAGGAUUCCAGUCUAUGGGUCUGUCACAUGGUGUGCUCAAAGGCAUUCUGAGACGGGGCUACAAGGUUCCAACACCCAUCCAGAGAAAGACCAUUCCAAUAAUUCUCGAAGGCAAGGACGUUGUGGCUAUGGCUAGGACAGGCAGUGGAAAAACUGCAGCUUUCCUGGUGCCCAUGUUUGAGAAAUUGAAGACCCAUUCAUCACUUGGCACCCGAGCCAUCAUUCUGUCACCGACACGAGAGCUGGCAUUACAGACUUUAAAGUUUGCGAAAGAGAUUGGCAAAUUUACUGGAAUGAAGGCUGCUGUUGUGCUUGGUGGAGACAAAAUGGACGAUCAGUUUGCAGCCUUGCACGACAACCCCGACAUAAUUAUUGCCACACCUGGACGUCUGCUUCAUGUGCUGGUUGAGAUGGAAAUGCGUCUGAAAACUGUGGAGUACGUUGUCUUUGAUGAAGCCGACAGGUUGUUUGAGAUGGGUUUCAAGGACCAGCUGCAGGAGAUCAUCCACAGGUUUGCUGACUCCAGACAGACAGUGCUGUUCUCCGCCACACUGCCCAAGACACUGGUGGAGUUUGCCAGGGCUGGCCUGACAGAUCCAACACUGAUUCGCCUAGAUGUAGACACAAAACUCAAUGAAAACUUGCAGUUAUCAUUCUUCUCUUGUCGAGAUGCUGACAAGUGUGCCUUGCUGCUCUACCUCUUGAAGCGUGUCAUCAAGCCUACCGAGCAGACAGUUGUCUUCGCUGCAACCAAACAUCACGUGGAGUACCUCAACUUGCUGCUGACAAUGAGUGGCCUGAGCGUCACUUAUAUCUACAGCUCCCUUGACCAGGCUGCCAGAAAAAUCAACGCUGCCAAAUUCUCUCUGGGGAAAGUGAAGAUCUUGCUGGUGACUGACCUUGCUGCCAGAGGCAUAGACAUCCCUCUGCUGGACAACGUCAUCAACUUUCACUUUCCAGCAAAACCCAAACUGUUUGUGCAUAGAGUUGGUCGUGUGGCCAGGGCUGGUCGUAGCGGACGGGCGUACUCUUUUAUUGCACACGAUGAGCUGGCACAUCUCAUUGACCUGCACAUGUUUCUUGGCAGACCUCUGAACCUGGUGCCACUUAAUGAGACAGUAGAAGAUAAGGAUGGUUGUCUGGGGGAAGUUCCACAGAGUUUACUGGAUGAUAAGAAUGCAGACGUGACUCAGCUCCACGGGGAGUCCAUUGACUUGACAAACCUGGUCCGUGUUUGUACCAACGCAUAUAAGAAGUACAUCAAAUCUAGGCCAGCUCCGGCUACAGAGUCUACGAAGAGGGUCAAGAAAAUGGUCGAGGAGGGGGUCAAGUUGGGCAUUCACCCCAUGUUCAAAUCUGAGCACAUUGAGGAACAAGGUGCCCGACUGAAUUUGUUAAAUGCCUUGAAAAAUUAUAAGCCUAAAACUACCAUCUUUGAAAUAAACAGUACCAGCAAGAAGUCCGGGCUGGAAGUGAUGAAAGCCAAACGAGAGCAGCAUGAACACAUCCUGGUCACCAACGAGACUUUUCAUCGGAAGGAUUCUUCAUCUUGGUCUGCUUUCUUUCCUACGCCAGGCUACGACAAGAAGAACAAAGAAGAAGUGAUGGAAGCCGAUCAAGGAGAAAUUGAUGCUGUGUUCGACUGUGUUGUGUCUUCCAAGCCAAAGUCUGGUGGUUCUUCAGCACAGAGGGGAGGACAAGGGAAACCCAAGCAGACGCAGCCAGACGUGGUUGACAAGGAGAACUAUGUGCAGUACAGACCGUCUGAUUUUGCUUCUGAAAAAGGAUACAGCAUCUCCAAUACUUUUGAAAGAGAGGCUGUGGGAGCUGUCCUUGACCUGACCAACGAUGAGGGAGAUCAGGUUAAUCAGAAGAAAAGAAAGUGGGAUCGAAAGAGAAAGAAGUUUGUCACAGAAGCAACAGAUGAUGUCAAAAAGAAAAAGAUUAAAACAGAGAGUGGCAACUGGAUCUCAGCCUCAUAUAAAUCCAAUAGGGACGAACAGGCAGAUUCUAGCGAUGAUGACCAGAGAAACGGAAGUGGUCAGACGAAAGGGCACCAUAUGUCUGGCGGAAAAUUUACUGUUACUGGCACCAAGAGGAGAAAUUGGCACACAAACGAUAAAAACAGAGAAGUAAGCGGCAAACAAAACAAGAUGAAGUUCAAGCGAGGAAAAGCUGGUGAGCUGCGAAAUCCUGACCAGAUUUUGAAAGACCGCAGGAAGAAAGCCAAAGUUCAGAACUUCCAGAAGCAUCGGCAGAAUACUCGAGCGAAAGGAAAGGGAAAGGACACGAUGGGGAACCGGAUGGGGAACAGGAAGGGAAAGGACACAAUGGGGAACAGGAAGGGGAAGAGAUAA